ACAACAUUGGUUCAUAUUAAUUACCUAUACAACUGUUCAAACUCUACUAUUUUAUUAUUAUUACAAUUUAAUAAUAUUACAAUUAAUGUAAUAUGGAUACCUAAUUCAAUUGAAUUUCAAUCGAAAUAACGCUAUUUUCAGAAGUGUCAUUAAAGAAACCGUAAUAAUGGCGAAUCGGCCAUCAAUGUGUUUGAUAGUUUUGUUUGCCGCCGUUGGAAAAUUUCACGUUGUAGUGUCUGAUGGUCCUGAGAUGAACACGCCGCCAAUAACCAGUUUUCCAACAAUAAUAACACCAUUAGCACCACCGCCAGCCGACGUUUGUUCCACACAGGAUUCAAAAGUAAUGUAUUUUUAUUUUAGUACAAAAUUAUAUUUUUGAAACGCCUUUAUACAUAAGUAUUGCUAUUCUGGAAAUCAUUGCAGUACCUUAGGUAGAUAUGUUUUUCAAUCACGUCCAAGAUAAAAAUAAAACAAAGGGUCUUGAUAUUUUAGAUUCUGAGUGGAGCGAAGAAGCUUUUGAUUUACAAAUAUGUUUAUUUAUUUUUUUUAUAUGUGUGCAACUUUUCUACCAGAAGGAUUUCUACGUGUAGCACCUUUUCUGAAAGGAAAUCGGCGUGGGGAGGUCUUUUUUCAAUUUUCUCUGAAUUUUAUCUUCAAAUUUGAAAACAAGAAAAAUCGGGAAAAUUUACAAAAUAUAAUAAUUAUAAUCUUACAAUUAUGUUUUCAAUAAUUCAAUUUUGCUCCUACUUUUAAUGAAACAAAGUUUCUGAAAGGAAAUUUCAUUGGGGAGGUACUUUAUGGAGGUCAUUUUUCGAGUUCCCUAAGAGUUUUCUAGUAAUUGUGAAAAAUCGAUACAAUAUUAAAUAAAUAAAGAAAUAUUUAAUGCCUAUUUAAUUAUUUUAUCAUAAUAUGACAUAUAAUAUAUUGUUGACAAAGCAUCACUAUCAACUGAACUCAGCUCAGAAUGUUUUUUUCGUAAGCAACGGUUUAUCGUUGCUUACAGAUAUACAUUAAAUUCCCGUCUAUGUCCUACCUUCCAAACUUCGCACCAACACCAGUGGUUGCACCUGUCCCCGCUAUCUUACCUUUUUUUUUUUUAGAUCUGUCCCAAUGGCAAAUGGUAUGCAGUUAUGGCAACAGAGGUCAGCAGUAAUGAUCCUUGUAAUAUUGUGACAAGUACGAUUUCUUUGGUUUAUAAUUCGUAUGAACCAUUUUUAUGUAUAUAUAUAUAUAUAUAAUAUAUUAUAUAUUUACAACUUGGUUUUAUUUUUUAUAAAUAACUUAUUAAGGUCAAAAAUAUUAUAUACAUUAUACAUAUUUAGUAACAUAGAAUAUAAUAAGUUUUAACAUAAUAUUAUUAUUUAUUUAAUGAGAAAUACUCUACAUUAAAUUUUGAUGGAAAAUAUCAUUUUUACAAGAUAAAAUAAUUUCUAUAAUAAAUAAUGUAAUAAAUAAAUAAAUAAAUAAUAGCAUAUUUUCUGAAAGAAAAUGUUGUCUUGAGUAAAAAAGUCUUCGUUUGAGUUUCCCGUAUAUUUUUCUUAAUAAUUAUGAAAAACUAGAAAAAAACGUUUUUGUUAUUCAGUUAAAAAUAUUGUAGAGACCUGUAGUUUUCAAAAAACACUUAUUUUGGCCAAUUUGAUAUUUUCAUGUUUUUAUUUGGUAUAAGUAUCUGUUAUUACAAUUAUAUGACUUAAGAGAAAUGCUUGAAAAUUUAAUUCAAGGUACAUUAUAAGUUUUACGUAGAGGUCUAAAAAAAAAAUUGAGUUUACUGCAUUAGUUAUUUUUUCAUGAGCGUUCUAAUAUCAAAUUUUGACGAAAAUCGUAAAAAUUACUGCAUUUCAAAUUAUGUCUUACCAAACUUCGCUCCGAAUCAUUUUUCUUUAGCAACACUUAAUCUUCGUGUACAGAUAUAAAUUAAAUAACUAUGUAUCCUACCUACCUUACUUCCCACUCACAAUAGCGGUUAUACUCGUGUAUUAGUUUUAAAAUGAUGGUUUUUUAAUUUUUUUUUUAUUUGGGCAAUUUUUUGAUUAGAAAUUUCACUCCGAUUUAAAAUGAUAACAUUUUUUCUGAAAAUAAAUCUGGCUAAGAAAAUAUUUUAGGGAGGUCAUUUUUUUGAUUUUUCCAAUAGAAAAAAACGUAGGAAAACGGGGAAAUAGGUACAAUAUUAAACAAAUAUAAUUAAAGAAAAUAUAUAAUGCAUAUAUGUAAUUAUUUUACCAUAAUAUGACAUAUAUAAGAUAUUGUGGACAAAGCAACACUAUCAACCGUGCUCAGAAUCGUUCUUUUCGUUAGCAAUGGUUAACCGUUGCGUAUAGAUAUACAUUAAAUUUUUCCCCUACUAUCUUCUCAACUUCUCACCUAGAGCAAUGGCACAUCCUGGUGUGAAGUAUGUCCGUCUUUUUUUUUUCUAUGUCAUUUCCAAGUUUGAUUUUAAUCUAGGUAGAGUUACCAUCUUUGUGUUUACCGAUAGUUGUACUAAUUAAAAUUAUAAACUUUCAUACUACAUAUUUUUACUUAAUUUAUAAUUUAAUUAUAUAAAAUUAUGUUCGAAUAACAAAUAUAAAUGGAUAAGAAUUGAUAUUGAAUAUAAACAUUAUGUACACAAAUUAAAACAUUUUUUUUGUUUAACUAUAGAUAAUAAAGCUCCGUGUAGUUGUACAUCAAUGGACAUUCGUGAACUUGCAGACAGUAGCUGGGAAGUAAUCGGUUCGUCAGAAAAUAUGGAGUAUGUAGUUGUCUAAAGAGUUAAAAUGUGAUAAAAGAACUAUUUAUUGUAUUAAAAUUUAUUUUAUUUUUUAGCACUUUGGUAUUAACAGCACAUAUGGGCGCUGCAUCAGCAGAGACUCCAGAUAAUAAGGAAUUAAAUGGUUUCAUUAUCGGUCGUAAGUGAUACGCAGUUUUAUAUUUUACAAUAUUAUUUUAUUAAAGUCUUAAUUUUUUUACUUUAUUUCCGGUAAAAUGUAUAUAGAUUAUAAUAUAGCCUUGUAUACAUAGAAGUAAUUUAUUCCCAUAAUAACAUUUCUCCCGAUGUCUUUAUUAAAACAUUGGGAUAAAUAAAUAAUCGCGAGGUAAUACAAAUAAUAAGUACUAUCGUGGCGAAACUAAAAUUAACUAAAUAAGUCACGUUUAAAAUUACAAUAUUAUAACUCCCCCUCCCCCCGUAGGCUAAGAUUUGAUUGAAUUUUAGGGGGUCUAAAAUCACUAAUCAAUUUUAGUUGUAGUAAUCAAAACACAUCAUCACUAUUGUAUUAUAAAUGUGUAUUCGUUAUCACACAUAAAAACGUAAUAAGCUGUAAAAAGUGAUUCUAAUUUCGGGGUCAAUAUCAUUUUUAAAAGAAGGUUAGAAAAAUAAUUUUAAGUGGUUUAUGGAUAAUUUUAAGGGGGGAAAGCCCCUCCCUCCUAAUCGCAACUUAUGACCAACCUUCGGUUGCUACACUAUUUAAUAUUAUUAUAAAUUUAUAUUUUCCAUCAAAAUAUACAUCAACAAAAAAUAAUUAUUGCCAUUUUAUUAUAUGCUUGAUACCAAAUAAAAUGUUAAAAAUAUACACAUAUUUUAUAGAGGCUUCAGUACCAGCAACCGUAUUAGAAGUAUUCCCUCAAAUCACUAUUACACAAAACGUUAAUGGAUGUCCGAGUAAGUAUUCGAAAGAUUUUUAUGAAUAGAGUACAGAUUUUAAAGCAAUAAAAAACUAAAGAAAAGCACUAAAAAAAAAAAAGUAUUAAAGCUGUAUAACUCUUCCAAAAAAGCAUUACAAUUAAUAAUUUUUGGCAUUUUAUAAAUGACGAUCGGUAAGAAUAACGAGCAAUACAGUGUUACAAAAAAAACUAAACUGUAAUUCUGAGUAAAUAUUUUUCAGAGCAAAAGCAUACUUUUGUGUUUUUCGUCGUUUCAAGAUAAAUUGAUAAAUCUACUAUAUACCAUACGAUACGUGAAUCACAUUAUUUAAAUUACAUCGAUAAAUAUAUCCAUAAAUCAAACAUAAUGAGAUAAAAUCAAUUGAGCCAGUCAUUAACAUUGGAACACAUAUAAUAUAAAAAUAAAUAUUAGCAUUUCAAAUACGAUUAUUUAGAACACAUUUUGAAAAUAUAACUUAAAAGCAAAAAAAACUACCUAAAAUACCCAAAAAAGCAUUAAUAUACAAAAUAAUCAAAAUGUCCUGCAUUUUAUUUUAAGUAGUAUAAAUUUAAUUUGUAGUUGACAUAGCUUCAUUAUAGAGCAAUAGAAAAAAAAAUGCCUUCAAAAUCCGUACUCUAGUUAUGAUUUAUGAUUAAUUUUUUUCCAAACAACACUCGGUUAUUUCAAUUUUAACAAUUUAAUUGCGUUAAUUACCUAUAAUAUGUUUUAGUGUUUACAAAAUAUCAUCUGAGUAUUAUUGAUUGGAAUGCUGAAAACUUCUACAUGAUCACCCAACUUAAAACAUGUACGUACCUACUUAAUAAUUUGUUAACGUUUAUUUAGUUACCAAAUUGUAGUUUAGCUAUUAUAUUAUAGUACAUUUUGAGGGGGGCCUUAACACCUAAUUCUAUUGAUUAUAUAUAGUUAGUAUUUACUUGAUAAGAAUUAUUUCGGAGGGCUUGGUUAAUUUUUUUUUCGAGGGGGGAGGAAUCAAACCAAUGUUAUAUUAAGUUAAACUGCCGACUUAAUGAGCAGAAUACAUUUUGGUUACACAGUUGUUUGUUCAUAAAAGUUUGUAGGUACCUAUAUUUUGAAAUUAUCUGUCUCUAUUAUUCGCUUUCUUUUUUCUCUUAUAUAUGGAUCACAUCCUUGGUCCUUUAUUAAUUGUUGGAUGUAUAAGUGACGUAUUUGAGGGGGGGGGGCGAUUGGUAGAUCGCCCCUCUUUGGAAUUUUUUUGGCAAUAAUUUUUCAAUCACAGCUAUAGGCUAUAGUCAAUAAAAUAAUUUAGUAUUUAUUAUUUCUUGGGUAAUUUUAUCAGCGUUACCAAAAAGUAGUGACAAUAUGACUUGGACAAUUUUUUGUCUAUAAUACAUAAAGGGAUAUCGAUGUGAAUGUCCAAACGUAAUAUAGUCAUCAUAGAUUGGUUUGUAGAAGAAAAAAAGAUUAAUAUUACUUUAGUAUUAAAAUAUAUACAUAUUAUGAAUAUAAUGUUACGGCCGUUACGGGUAAACGCCAAAAUCAUGCAAAUUUCAAAAAUGCCCGAGCAAAACGCGAAAUGUCCACGAUACUUGGGCAAAACGUCAUAUUUCGGACAAAUCUAUAAUAUAUAGUAUAGUGACCAACAUCAUUUGGGCAAAACUAUAAUGUCCAUAAAUUUCAAUUUUUCAUAUUUCUGAGAUUUGCCCGAUUUCGGCUUUUGAUCGUAACAUCUUUAUAACAUCAUAUACAUCUUUUUUCUUUCUUUUUGUUUUAUAUUAUUAAUUAUUUCGAUUUAGGUAACUGUUUUUAAAAAAAUAAUAAUUAUAAAAAUACAAUUCGUUGUUAUUAUUUUAUUUUCAGCUAAUGCUCCGGAUCCAUUUUACAUCAUCUGGUGUCGUAAAACGCAUCCGGGCAAGGCGACUAUAUGGACCAGUAUCUUGGAAGGCUUAAAAAAGCUCAAUAUAGACCCCCAUUCGAUGAGUUUCAUUAAACAAGACAAUUGUACUAUUCCUACGUUGUUUCAAUACGAUGAAAUGUUCUUCUGCUAAUAGAAAAGACCGUGGAAGAGACCGAGAUAAUAAUAUAUAUUUAAAAUAAUAAAAAAUGUAAUACUUACCUAACUAAUAUAUAAGUGUAUAAUAAUAAUACGUUUCAAUACGUCCGAUUUUUGUAUAUACAAUAUAAUAUCUAAAUAGGUAUAGAUAGUUACAACAUAUUUCUGAGUUUGAAUUUAAAGUUCAAACUUCAUAAUUAUAUUCGAGUUUUACCUUUCUAUAGACUAAUGCCAAUUAUUGGAAUCAAUUUAUUCUCGUGUUACUAAUUAAACAUAUUUUUUUAAAGUGAAAUAAAAUAAAAAUGUAUCAAUCCGAAAAAACACAUGGUUUUAAAAUUAUUAGUUGAAUGGAUGAAUCAAUAUUGAUGAUGAAAGAUGAUUAUAAUGUAUUUAAAUACAUAGAGGAAUAUUAUAAAAAUGGUGGUUACAGGUAGUUAAUAAUAAUAUUUUGUAUAAUAAUAUUAAGUUAUGUUAUAAAAAUAAUAUUACAUGCUAUAAACGUAUAAUAAAAUUUGUUUGAUAAGAAUAAUUUGUGAGAAGUUAUAAAAUGCAUUGUGUUAUCAGUUCAAAAGAGGUAUUGACUGAUUUUAAUGUUUAUCGAACCAAAAUCGGGCCUUCAAAUUAAAAUAAUCGAUCUGAUACAAAGUAAUUCAUUUUCUAUUUCCACGUACGAUGUACCUACCUAUGCAUAGUAUCUAUUUAUACCUCUAUGCGGUUUAAUAAUUUAAUACAUGUAAUACAUA